AGAGAGAGAGAGAGAGAGAGAGAGAGAGAGAGAGAAGUGUAGGUCGAACUAAACUAGACCUCUGUCGGACUAAUUGAGAGAUUACUGUUGUCGGUUGCUCCCGUCGCUGCAGCCUCUCCCUGACUUUUAUGAAACAGGACAACGGCUCCAGUCGCUCCACAGAGGGUGUUGAAGAUGGCAGUGUGGAUCCAGGCCCAGCAGCUCCAGGGAGAUGCUCUGCACCAGAUGCAGUCUCUGUAUGGUCAACACUUCCCCAUCGAGGUGCGCCAUUAUCUGUCCCAGUGGAUAGAAGGACAGCUCUGGGACGCCAUAGACCUGGAGAACCCACAGGAGGAGUUUAAAGCCAAGCGUCUGCUGGACUGUCUGAUCCAGGAGCUGCAGAACAAGGCCGAGCACCAAGUGGGAGAGGACGGCUUUUUACUGAAGAUUAAACUGGGACACUACGCCAGCCAGCUCAAAAGCACGUAUGACCGCUGUCCUCUGGAGUUGGUCCGAUGCAUCAAACACAUCCUCUACACGGAGCAGAGACUCGUCAGAGAGGCUACAAAUUCGAGUUCUCCGGUGGGCGGGAUGAUGGACAGCAUGUCUCAGAAGUAUCAACAGAUCAACCAGGCUUUUGAGGAGCUUCGCCUGCUGACCCAGGACACGGAGAAUGACCUGCGCAAGCUCCAGCACAACCAGGAGUACUUUAUCAUCCAGUACCAGGAGAGCCUCCGGAUUCAGGCUCAGUUGUCCAGCCUGGCCACACUGCCCCCUGCUGACCGACAGCUCCGGGAACCUGCCCUCCUCAGUAAAAGAGCCACUGUGGAGGCAUGGCUGACCCGAGAGGCCAACACACUACAGAAAUACAGACUGGACCUGGCAGAGAAGCACCAGAAAACACUGCAGUUGUUGAGGAAGCAGCAGACCAUCAUUCUGGAUGAUGAGCUGAUCCAAUGGAAGAGACGGCAACAGCUGGCAGGCAACGGGGGCCCGCCAGAGGGAGGCUUGGACAUCCUGCAGUCCUGGUGUGAGAAGCUGGCGGAAACUAUCUGGCAGAACAGGCAACAGAUCCGAAGAGCAGAACAUCUCAGACAGCAGCUUCCCAUCCCCGGGCCCAUCGAAGAGCUGCUGAACGAACUCAACAGUACGAUCACAGAUAUCAUCUCAGCACUGGUCACCAGCACAUUCAUCAUUGAGAAACAGCCUCCACAGGUGCUGAAAACCCAAACCAAGUUCGCCGCAACGGUGCGCCUCCUAGUGGGGGGGAAGCUCAACGUGCACAUGAACCCCCCACAGGUCAAAGCCACCAUCAUUAGUGAACAGCAAGCCAAGGCACUGCUAAAGAACGAGAACACAAGGAAUGACAGCAGUGGAGAAAUUCUCAACAAUAACUGUGUGAUGGAGUAUCAUCAGACUACAGGCACUCUCAGUGCACACUUUAGAAACAUGUCAUUGAAGAGGAUUAAGCGAUCGGAUAGGCGAGGAGCAGAAUCUGUCACAGAAGAGAAAUUCACCAUUCUGUUCGAGUCUCAAUUUAGUGUCGGAGGCAAUGAGCUUGUCUUUCAAGUGAAGACAUUAUCACUACCUGUAGUGGUGAUAGUUCACGGUAGCCAAGACAAUAAUGCCACAGCUACCGUCUUGUGGGACAAUGCUUUUGCAGAGCCGGGACGGGUGCCUUUCCUCGUGCCUGAUAAGGUGCUUUGGCCUCAGCUCUGUGACGCAAUCAACAUCAAGUACAAGGCGGAGGUGCAGAGUAACCGGGGUCUUUCUGAGGAGAACCUGGUCUUCCUGGCUCAAAAAGCCUUCAGCAGCUCUAGCAACAACCCCGAGGACUACCGGAACAUGACGAUGACCUGGUCCCAGUUUAACAGGGAAAGCCUGCCAGGGAGAAACUUCACAUUUUGGCAGUGGUUUGACGGUGUGAUGGAACUCACAAAAAAGCAUCUCAAACCACACUGGAAUGAUGGAGCCAUUUUGGGUUUUGUGAACAAGCAACAGGCUCAAGACAUGCUGAUGUCCAAACCCAACGGUACCUUCCUUUUGCGCUUUAGUGACUCUGAAAUUGGAGGAAUUACAAUCGCCUGGGUGGCAGAAAAUCCCAACAAAGCAGGGGAGAGGAUGGUGUGGAACCUCAUGCCCUACACAACCAAAGACUUCUCCAUCCGCUCUCUCGCCGACCGCAUCAGCGAUCUCAAUCACCUCCUUUUCCUUUACCCCGACAGACCCAAGGAUGAGGUUUUCUCCAAAUAUUACACCCCACCCCUGUCCAAAGCAGUCGACGGCUAUGUGAAGCCGCAAAUCAAGCAAGUUGUGCCAGAAUUUACUACAGCCAAUCCAGACCCAACCAGUGGGAACCAGACCUAUAUGGAUCACGGCGCCUCCCCUGCACCUGUCAGUCACCCACACACCUAUGGCAUAUACCCACCUAUGAGCGACUCUAUGCUGGACGCAGACGGAGACUUCGAUCUAGACGACACCAUGGAUGUGGCCAGACACGUAGAGGAGCUCCUCCGACGGCCUGUGGAGAGCCAGUGGGGUGGACAACAAUCAUGACCUUUGACCCUCUAACCUGUGACAACACCAAAUCAACCCUGCCUCCCAACUUGUCCCACAUGCAUUGACAUUUGUCAUGGUUAAAUUCCAUUGUCCAUUUUUUUUUUUUUCCAAAUAGCUAUAAUGUGAAAUGUUAAUAAUGGUUGUGAUUUUUUUUUUUUUUUUCUUUUCAGCAUGACGGCAUGCAUGUCAGUGACUUCAUUUAGUUUCAUUUGUGUCCAUAGGUGUUUGUUAAACAGACUAGCUAUAUUUCAACAUACAAUGUUACAGUAUUGUGAAAACGUAAUGUUCAUCACACGUGCAUGCAUUUCCAGUUGAUUUUAAACAGAUUAAAAAAAAAAAAAAAAUGCUACUGUACGAAGUCAUUUAAACAGUUGAAUGUUUUUAUUUUGUUAUAUUUUGUCCUUUGUAAAUUGGUUUUCAGUAUUUGAUAGUGACAAUGAACUUGCCCUUGGACAAAAAACA